GUACACUUUUAAGCCCGAACGGAACGAAGCCGUAAUGGGAAGGAUACGAUAGAGAAAGAGCCAGCAAAAUAUUUGCAAUCAGAAUAUCUUUGGGUUUUGGAGUGUUUGAUUUUCUUGUUAUUCUUAUGUGAACGAAUAAUUGUCUCUCAUUAUUGCCAAAAAGGUUUUUAUGACACACAAAGAGACAAAAGUGUAUUGUUUUCAUUUCUGAUGUGUAUUUUUUUCUUCGGAUGUGCAAUCAUUACAAACUUGAAUUAAAAAAAAGAGAGAAAUAAUAAUGCCAAUUAAUUAUUUGAAUCGAUGAGAUGUUUGUAUGUUUUUAUUUUAAAAUUCAACGGUUCGCAUAAAAAAACACCAACACAAUUGAAGCUUCCAAAUAGUCCGGAUGACAUGUAAAAAGGAGAUAACCAAAAUAAACCGCAUUUAAAAAAGGAUUUAUCGAAUAAAAAGUUCGGAUCUACUUUAUAUACAAAUAUGGAUCACACAAAUCAAAUAGGAUCUGCAUCUGAAUUUAUUCCAAAUCGACUAUAUUUGGUGAUAUUUAAAAAUGAAUUGGUUCCAUUAAAUACAAAUGCAAUUCAUUAUUUUUCUAUUGACGAUGAUCUAGUGUAUGAGAGUUUUUUCAACGACUUUGGACCAUUGAAUAUAUGCAUGCUGUAUCGAUACUGUCAGAAAUUGAAUCGAAAAUUGGCGACAAAUCUACACUCAAAAAAGAAAAUUGUCCACUAUACAACGAUCGACCCACAAAAACGGUUGAAUUCGGCUUUUUUAAUCGGAGCUUAUUCGAUAAUCAAUUUGAAUCGAACACCCGAAGAAGCGUACGAAACACUGAACUAUGGUCCGCCUUAUAUUCAGUUUUGCGAUGCGUCAUGCGGCUCCUCCAACUAUACCAUUAGCCUAAUGGAUUGUUUGCAGGCCGUGUACAAAGCUCGAAAUGCUAGUUUCUUUGAUUUUAACGAUUUUGACGCUGAAGAAUAUGAGUAUUAUGAACGUGUCGAAUAUGGUGACCUCAAUUGGAUUGUACCGAAUAAAUUUGUUGCAUUCUGUGGUCCUCAUAACCGGACCAAAAUCGAUAAUGGAUACCCAUGCCAUGCACCGGAAACAUACUUUAAUUAUUUUCGACAGAACAAUGUCAGUACAAUUAUUCGGCUCAAUUUAAAGUUAUACAAUGCAUCACGAUUUUCAAAUGCCGGUUUCGAUCAUAAGGAGCUAUUUUUCACCGAUGGCAGCAAACCGACCGAUUUAAUUUUGAAAAAUUUCUUACAAAUUUGUGAAGAAGCUAAAGGUGCUAUUGCUGUCCAUUGUAAAGCCGGCCUCGGACGAACUGGCAGCUUAAUUGGUGCUUACAUUAUGAAACAUCAUCGUUUCACUGCGCUGGAAACUAUUGCAUGGUUGCGAUUAUGCAGACCCGGUUCCGUCAUUGGACAUCAACAACAAUGGUUGGAGGACAAACAGAAUCAAUUGUGGAUAGAAGGUGCCGAGUAUUAUAAGAGAAAGUCAUUUGGCAAAGCUGAACCAUAUGAAUAUGGAAUUUACAGCAUUAAACAGCGUGAAGUGCUUAAAUCGACAAACGGCAAUGGGCUUCAAACUACCACCAAAGAAAAUGGAAACGGUCAAAUCACAAAGUUACGAGAUCGUGUUCAAAAUAUCUCACAAAAGGUGGACACCAUGAAAUUGAACGAUUCAAAUGGUACAACAAAAGUUGUGGCACCUAUUUCGAAUCGUGUCGAUUUUCCACAUCGGGACGAGAACAAAAAUACAACAACAACCACCACCAACAGCAGCACCACAACCACAAUAAGCAGUAUUGGCGUGUCGACAAGACGAAAGGUGGCUGCCACUGCAGCGGAUAUCGAUAACAAUAACGAUAAUUUUGAUAAGAAUGUCACCAAUCCGACUCAAGGUGAUACAUUGAAUCAAAUAAAAGCCAUGCGCCGCAGACACACACGAUUGUCAACCAACAUCUCACCCAUUUCCGGAUUGAAAAAUGAAACAUCGACGGCAACAUCAUCGGUGCAUCAGUCACAUCAUGUACGUGCCCGUUCUCAACCAUUUCGAUCACGAUCCAAUCUGGCAACAAGCGUGUCAAACACAAAUGCCAUUACAUCAACAUCGUCAACAAUAAAACCAGUCACAUUGACCAUGCAAAAUCGGAGCAGGCUAGGUGAGGCUCAAGUUGGCGGUGGUUCGACGUCAUCGAAAGCAGUGAGCAAUUCCCGAAAUUAUCGCAUUAAAGAGCAACAGCAGCAGCAGCAGCAACAACAACAAUCCACAUCAAACUGGGAGCCAUCGUUUUCCGAUGUAAUUGAAAUGCGAAAAGUGGGUGGCACCAUAUUGCAAAAUAACAAUAAUAACGAUAGCACAUAUCCAACGUGUGAUGCAUUGAACUGCACUGGUUGCGGUACAUCAAAGUGCAGCAAAGAUGAUAUAAAUCGAUCUCGAUCAAUUUCAAUGCAACGAAGUUGUAAUAUGAUCAGUGGUACCGUACUGACACACCCACAUUGUUUGGAUGAACAUCAACCGGUUGCGAAAAGUCAACGUAGCCGUUUGCAUCGAAGUCGCUCCAAAACCGUAUCGACAAAUGUGUGUGAUAAUCGAUGCGAUCCAGUGACCGUGGAUCCAUUACGAAUAAACAAACGUAAAACAAGUCAAAUACGAGCGUGCAGACAAUCGAAUGUAAUGCCAUUGGAUCAAAUCGAUCGAAGGAGCAGCCCGUAUACUGAUGCGGACAUUCUCAAUGGUAAUAUUUUGAAUGUUCCAUGUACUGAAAGUGCAACAUUGAUAACACCACGUAUGAUUUGCCGAAAUCGAAGUCGAACAUCAACAACAAAAUGUGUCCAAUCAUCGUCAACCACAUGCGUUAGCAAUAAGACAAAUAAUAAUAGCCAGCACAGCAGCACUGUAGCAUCAAAUACAUCAAUGAAACGUGGCAAACGAACGCUGAGCAGCACACAAAUCGAACGGGAAAAAUCCGAUGAAAAAAAUAUAAAAUUAAAAAAACAUGCCGUACUGCGUUCAUUGUCACCGAUACUGGUGGCAACCAGUGCACGGAGCUCAAUUAAAAAAAUCAUUUCCACAUCAAAUACUAAAUGAUUUCAAUAUUAAUUUCAAGUCAUACAUUGAAAAUAGAAAUUAAUUGAAAAUCCAUAUCCAAAUUUUAAUGCAACUAUGUCAUUAUUUAACUCCCCUAACUUUCAACACACACACAAACACACAUGCAUACAAUCUAUCUUUUCCACUAUCUUCUAGCUAUAAUACACAUUCUAUCAAGAUCGAAAAGUUAUUCAUUUCAUAAUUCUUCAUUUACUUUUGAAGUGAUGACAAAAAUAAAUCUUAACACAUAGUAAUCUCUAAGUCUGUCUAGCUUUAGUGUUUUCAAAAAACACACACAUAAUGGAAAAGAAAUUUGUGUUUUUUUUUGCAAAAUAAUACAACUGUAUAGAAGGAUUGCAAACGGUUUCUCAUAGUGCAAUACCAACUAACUCUCUAUAUAUGAUCAUUCAUACAACCAUCCAUCCAUUCACUCAUUCAUUUUUAAUCAAUUUCGUUGUUUACCAAUCGAUGUGCUGAAUGGCCAAAAAGUUGAUUUUAUGAAUGUUGCAAAAACUUUUUCCUUUUUUGUAAAGGGUGCAAUCAUUGAGAAAAGCUAACUGAAAAAAAAAAACAAUGUGCCGGACACGUAAACAAACCACAAAAUGCACUAAGUAUUUUCAUAUAUUCGGUUUAAUUUUUUUGUGGCAAUGAACCAUGUAGAUUUUUUUAUUUUUAUUUUUUUCAAAGUUGCAAGUUGCCAAGUUGCCCUAGUACUUCGCCUAAAAAAAAACAAUUUAAUUGAGAAUUAUUAUAUUUAUAUGUGUAAAUUAAAGAAAAACAAAUUUUGCCAAUGAAAAGAAAAUAUGAAAAUGUUUGUUUUAUGAUGAUUAAUAAGCCUGAAUUAAUGUCAUGGACAAAAAGAAAUAUAUCUUAAGAUACAAAUGGAAACUGCGGUUCGAUUUAUCAGUGCAAUCCAUAUAAAAAAAAAUAUCAAAUCCUACAUAUAACUAAGUCCAAUUGAAGUGUUUUUCAUACACUAUAAUUUGUAUUUUCUUUCUUAUGCUCACGUGUGUGCUUUCACUUAGUGUUUUCCACAUGUAUUUAUUUAUUUUGAAAUGGGAAAAAAAUCUUCGCAAUACUACUACUAUAUCACGCAAUCUAUGUUUUUUUUUAAAUAUUCAAAUACUUUAUUUUAUUUUUAUUUUGUUUUUCAAGCAAACAAUUGAUCGCUAACGAUUAUCAAUUUAUUUAAUUAUUUUAAAAAUUUACAAAUUCAGUAAAUCGGCAAUAAAAUACAGCAUGAGAAAAAUCAUAAAUUUAAGAAAUGUAUAAUAAUUUUGUAAAAGAAUUUGAUGGAAAUUUUCUGAAUUUUGCAAUGUUCACCAAAAAAUUGUUUGAAAGCUGUUUCAUAUUUUAAAGAAAUAAAAAUGGAAAGAAAAAUGAUUCGUUCUAAUAAUGAAAUAAUAUUCUCAUCAUAAAUCAUGGUCACAUAUUGGUUAACCAUGUUUCACAAACACACAAACACAUAUCAAUUGGAAAUUUUUGCGACUGUCUAUUUUACUGAAAUCUGAAAACAUGUAUUCAUUCAAGCCAUUCUAGUCGAAUGCAUAUUUUUCAAUAGAAUAUCGAAUUGUGUUUUCACUCUCUCUAUUUUACUUAUUAUCUUUUUUUAAAUCACUUUUUCCAAUAUGUGUUUUUCUAUUCUUCGCUUUUGAUAGUUGAGAGUUUUGUACUUAAAUAAGGACGAACAAACGAUGAAAAUAAGAGACUUUUUUUUUUUUUUUUGAAUUGUACAAAGAAGAAAAUCCAUUUUAUUUGAGUAUGUAUUCUUAGUGAAUUGUUAAUUGUAAAAAUGAAUUAUAACAAAAUCAUAAUUUAUAUAACAAUGAAACAGAGCAAAAUUUAGUAAAACAAAAAUAACUAUUCACCAUAAUAAAUUUUACGCGUAGCGAAUAUUGUUGUUUCGAUGAUAAAAACUCAUAAAUGAGUUCAAGAAUGGUUGAAAGUCUGACCAGAGCAAUAAUGUUUAAAGUUAGAAUGACAAGAAAUUAAUUGAAUAUACAAAUGUACCUAAAUUUAUGUAAAAAAAAAAACAAACAUA